AUACUUCCGUUCACCCCUGUCACGUGACCUCUAUGUCCUUGGUUCAGCUAACUUUGACAUGUGAGCACUUGAAACAUGUCUAUCCCUAGAAAACCUGGUGGAAAAGCGUUGGAUGUUUUGCAGAACCUUCCUCGGAUAACUUUGGGAAAUCUGCGUCCCGAGCCGGGAUCCAAAACCACGCCUAGAAUACGAGGCAGAGGACAACAUGGUGGAAAUAAAAGCGGUCGCGGACAUACAGGAGAGAGGCAGAGGGGCACCCGACCUCGACUCGGUUUCGAGGGUGGUCAGACUCCGUUCUACCUGGUGAUUCCUAAAUAUGGCUUCAAUGAAGGACACAGUCGUCGUCCUCAGUACAAGCCGCUGACUUUGAAACGUCUGCAGUACUUGAUCGACUUGGGUCGAGUGGACACGUCCCAACCCAUAGACCUGACCCAGCUGGUCAAUGCCAGGGGGGUGGAUAUACAGCCCCUGAAGAGGCACUACGGAGUCAAUCUUGUAGAUGAGGGCGCAGAUAGUUUUGCUGCAAAAAUCAACAUCGAGGUUCAGAGAGCGUCUGAAGGAGCCAUCGCUGCUAUUGAGAGGAACGGCGGCGUCGUCACGACCAGCUUCUACGAUCCCAUAACUCUAGCUAUCCUUAUUAAGCCCGUGCCGUUCUUCAUGCGUGGGCAGCCUAUCCCGAAGCGCCUGCUGCCAGGAGAGGACAUGGUCCCGUACUACACAGGUGCCGAGAACCGCGGCUACUUAGCAGAUCCGGAACAAAUCCAACAAGCCCGACUGGCACUGGCCAAGAAGUACGGUUACAUUUUACCAGACAUUUCGAAGGAUGAACUGUUUCACAUGCUGUCCACGAGGAAGGACGUCCGGCAGAUCUUCUUUGGCCUGUCUCCAGGAUGGGUUGUCAACAUGCCGGAGAAGAAGAUCCUUAAGCCAACAGACGAGAAACUGCUGCGAUAUUACAAUUCCUAGGAGUGCAGAGUGAAACAUGUUGAUUAAUGCAUCUUAAAAUCAGCAAAAAGACUGCUAUUCUUCUCUUUUAUAUAUUAAAAACAACAAAAAUGUA